AUGGGGACGGGGCCGGGCACGGAGGCGUCGGGGGAGAAGAGAGAAGGGGCCGUGCCGGCGGGCAAGGUGGUGGCCGGAAGGGGGCGACGGGAGCCGGGGACGACGGCCGGCUGGGGCGACGAGAGGCGGGGAGCAGAGGCGUACGAGAGAGAAGGGAGACAGAUCGUGGUGGGGGUGGCUCUCAGGAGGAUAAGGGAGAGAGAGAGAGAGUGGAUGCGCUCUCACCCUCUCAGCCCCGCACUUCCUCCUGGAUCUCGAUGCGCCGCCGUCCCCAACCCCACUCCCUCCCUCUGGAUCUCGACGCGCCGCCGCCCCCACCCCACUCCCUCCCAUGCUGUCCACCGGCGUUCCCCUCACACUCGCACCGCUCGGCCCUCUCAUCCGCCUCCCGUCCUCUCGGCCGCGGCGCCCUCCCCAUCGCUAUCCCCCAACCCCGGCAGCGACCUCAACAGCCAGAUACCACUCACGCUCCUCAUCGUCCUCCUCGACCUGCUCCUCCCGCCCGCGCUCCUCUCCAACUUCCUCCGCGCCGGCGUCCACCACGCCUCCGCACAUAGCGUCCUCGCCCAGGCCAGGGGCUUCCACUUCCGCUCCUCCCUCGUCGACCUCCCGCCCGUGUCCGCCGCCCGCUCCCUCCUCAUCCUCUGCGCGUACACGGCAUGCGGGGGCGGCGCGGCGUACCUGUGGGUGGCGGCGGCCUGCAGUGUCGGCUCCCUCUUCUACGUCCUCGCCAAGGCCGUCGGCAGAUCGGCCGUGCGUAUGAAUCCGUCAAGGCGGAGCAGCGGGUGGGGGAGCGAAAUCAGGCGAUGGCCAGCAAGUCCAGGCAGGUUCCGACCGUGGUCGCCCUCGUACGUCAGUCGGCGGCAUCGGAGCGGUGUCGGAGCCAAGUGUUGGGCAUGUCGCCGAGACUGACCAAGAUGCCGCGACUGCAAGUGCUGGGCAUGUCGCCGAGAAGACCAACAAGCAGUACUAGCUCUGUAAGUUUGGCUAGAUGCAAAUCUUGCCAAUUACUAUGGCUUUUAGUUACUGGUGGUCAAGUUAAUGCAAGUCCUGGUGGUGAUGUAGAGGGAGAUCUAAGUAUGGUUGUGUAUCCUUAAAAUUUCAAGUAUGAACAAUCUGUGGUGGUUAAAUGACAGACAUGAGACUAUGUAUGAUCUGUUGCAUAAAUAAGGUGUUUUCUUGAUGAGUGA